GGCAGCGCGAGUGGUGGCGUGACGGUUAGCUUAUAGUAGUACGUGUGCUUGUUGUUGGGGACAGGCUUGUUGGCGCUGAGACUAGAAGCCCAAGAGAGGGAGAGAAACGCCUGCGACACUCACCUGACUGCACAGAAUCCAUAGAACCCGGCAGACAGGAUUUUACAACCUGCGGAGACACACAAGGGAACCACACGCCCGGGGAGAACGUAGAACCGACAGAACCGAGGGGAGGAACCGAGAGGGAGCCGGAGCCUGGUGCUGAAGCUGGUAUGAGAGAAGUUAAGGGAGAGGGCUGUUGAGGUGUCUGGGUGUGAUUGGGCACCCUCUAGUGAACAUUACUACUACUACUACUGCGACCACUAAGCUGAGGAAUCAGAUAUUUUCUGUCUUGGCUACUUUUCGCCCAUUGAGCAAUUCAAGAGGCCUCUGGUUCAGGGUUAAAUAGACACCAUGUGGUGUUUGGAGCUUCUUCUGCCGCUGUUGCUAAUCAUCAAAGAUGUCAGUGGCCAGUGGAACGUAUGGAUACCCAGGGACAUCUCGGCCAUGACCAACUCCUGUGUGGUCAUCCCCUGCACAUUCAUGUACCCGUCCAGUAUCCGUCUGCACUACGGCAUCCACGGAAUCUGGUACUUUGGCCAGCCCUACCCCCAGCUCUUCCCACCUGUGGUGUUCAAGACGCGCACAGAAAUCGUACAUGAAAGUUACCAAGGGCGUACCAAGCUCAUCGGGGACCUGUACCAGAGGAACUGCACUCUGCUCAUCAGUAAUAUUGGUACAGAGCACUCAGGGAGGUACUACUUCCGUGCCGACCUGGGCGGUGCCAAUAUCUACACCUACCCAGACUUCUCUGAGCUCAAGGUGCUGGACCAGCCGAACAUUGACAUCCCUGAGGAGAUAGUUGCUGACGAGAAUCUGGAGUUGACCUGCUAUGCUCCAGACAACUGUCCAGAGAAUAGCCCAGAGAUCCAAUGGAUGUACACAGACUACCUGCCUGAACCUGAGUAUACCUCAGAAUAUGUGGAAGAGAGCAACACAGCCGUGCUGUCCAGCACGCUCACCUUCACCCCCAGGCCCAUGCACAACGGUCAGCUGCUGGGCUGCAGGGUCUCCUACCCCAACACCACCCUGGUCUACGAGAGACUCAUCUCUCUGGACGUCAAGUAUGCCCCUCGCUCGGUGUGGGUGAACGUGUCCACGGAGGUGAUGGAGGGCAGCUCGGUAACGCUGCGCUGCGAGGUGGACAGUAACCCUCCUCCCAGGAUCUCCUGGCUAUUUGGGGACCAGGAGCUGCUGUGGGACACAGCCUCCAAUGCCUCACUCUCCCUGGAGGACUUAAUCCCCUCUCAGGAGGGUAUCUACACCUGUGUGGGGAAUAACGGCUACGGCGUCAUGAACACGUCCAUGUAUCUGGCCGUCUUGUACCCUCCCAGAGAGCCAGUGGUAAAUGGCUCCCUGACCAUUUUGGAAGGUUCCUCCAUCUCCCUGCAAUGUAGCACACAAGGCAAUCCCACGCCCACCCUCACCUGGAUGAAGGACGGGGAGCUGGUGGGCAGCAUCACGGCCGCGGAGGUGUCUGUGCUGGAGCUUCUGAAGCUCAACCCUCAGGGAGACGGACAGUACCGCUGCCUGGCAGAGAACGAACACGGACGAGCCAGCAGCUCCCUCAACAUCACUGUGGAAUACGCCCCAGUCCUUCUGGACGAGUCCAAGUGCACAGUGGUGAGGGAGGGAGUCCAGUGUGUUUGCAUGGCUACGGGUAAUCCUGAGCCCAUCAUUGAGUUCUACCUCCCCGACAAGAACAUCACCGUCAACGACACAGACGGCCGCUACAACUACUACACGCGGACGGACGGCCACACGUCCACGGGCAUGAUAAAACUACGGGAGAAGGGCGAGCGCCUGGGCAACGGUGCUGUCAAUGUGCACUGCAGCAUUAGCAACAUGUACGGGUCGGAGAGCUUUCAUCUGGAGCUACAGCAGGAGAAGAAGUACAUGAUGGCAGUGAUCGUUGGCACCAUCGGUGGAGUGGCUGUCAUCGCCUUCAUCAUCGCAGCAGUGAGAUAUGUGGGCCAUAACAACAAGAAAGAGAAUGGCAACCCUGGGCAGGACCUGGUCUCUAAACUGGAGAACCCAGCAUUGUACUACAGCACAGUCAAGAAGGACAAACAAUGUUUGAGGAAGAAAGUGCUUAAGACAGAGCUUCUGGGCUCAAAGUUUAACUCCAUUCUAGAGGAGAGCACGGGAGAAGACGGGGAUUAUCAACCUGUGGGCUCUAUGGCAGAACUGGAGAGGCAAGAGCUGAACUAUGCCGCCCUGGAGUUUCUGGGGGGGCGCUCCAGGGAUGGGGGGACCUCAGGGAGGGGGGAUGACGGCAGCGACUACACCGAGAUCAAGGCCAAAUGAAUCGCGAUCCUUCCCUGACCCAUCGUCACCGCGGGACACAGUGGCAGCCAUGUUGUCGCCCCCUUCCUCACGUCAUUCACCCCCUCUUCAAACGUCUUCCCCCCUCCCCCGUGGACACCAUCACCACCUUUCACCAUCACACCGAGAUCCCCCAUCGUCUCCCCCCGUCCCUGACUCAUCUCAAAUGAUGUCCCCGUUAGUUGACCCCCAAGCCUCCAGGGGGAGCCCCAGUGACAUCUCGCCACCCAGGACUGCUAGUAGCUACUUGCAAGGUCGGAACACGGCCCAGUGGACAAUGUAAAAAGAUCUUUGUAUUAUCAGCAGCUGUCGGUCUCCCAGCUCUUACCCUACUGGUCAUAGUCACAAAAUUUCCUCAUAACAGGUACAAUGUUUUAGUUACUGUACUGUAUCAUCUAGAUUCAAUGUUGCUAUUCCCAUCUCUAUACCAUUAAUUGUUGGCAUUGCUAUCAAGCUUGGGACACAGUAACACAUUUUCUGGGGCUCCCCUUCUGUAUGUCACCCUAUAUCAUACUUAUAGCUAGCCUGGUUAAACCAGAUUGAACGCUGCGCUCACCAGUUUUCCUGUGAAAGGCAACGCAAUCAGCUUGGAUACCAGGCUAACUAUCUUGAUCUGUCCAUUAUAGUCCUUCUCCACUGUGUCCGCUGCCAGUCGAAGUGUCUAGGAAAGGGGUGUAUUUUGUGCUUUUUAUUUUCUUAUCUCUAUUUCUGACCCUGGAUCUGGAGGAAAUGAAUGAUCUCUUCUCUCUUCCUGAUCCAGUGGUUGUCAACACUGACCAGUGUUCAACAAACGUCAGGCCUGAUACAUAUCCAACUGAAGACAGUCAUCUCACAUAUUCUGUUCCCACAUAUAGUUCAAUAGUGAUGUGUGCUGUGACUCAGUGGCUUUUGAUGAUGAUGAGAAAUUAAUAUUUAUUUGAUUUUAUACAAAGAGAGAAGAUGGAUACUCUUAGAGGUUUGUCCAGCCUUGAACACAAGGUUCUGCUCGUACAAGAAGUGGGCUGAUUUUUUAGUUCUUAUGCAUUAUAAGCACUGGUUGAGUUGUGGUUUGCUCUUCGGGAACUGUGCCGGGCUAACACAGAAUGUUCUGUUUAUGACGUUGCCCAUGAUUUAAUUAUAGUAUUUUUGGACGAUAUCUCUGUUUUGCUAAGGAUAGGUGUUAACUUAUCCUUAAAUGGGAACCAAUGGGUUAGAAUACAUUUUUGGAUCAAUCUGGCAUACAUGACUCCACUGUAGCACUUGCACAGCAGGCCAAAAUGUAUCUCGUUGAGACAAUGUGUGUGUGUGUGUGUGUGUGUGUGUGUGUGUGUGUGUGUGUGUGUGUGUGUGUGUGUGUGUGUGUGUGUGUGUGUGUGUGUGUGUGUGUGUGUGUGUGUGUGUGUGUGUGUGUGUGUGUGUGUGUGUGUGUGUGUGCAAACAGUGCUGAAAGAUCAGCGAACACUGAUCACUGUGGCUGUUUCAAAGUAUCACUUUACCUGCGACCGCUUCUCCCAAAAUGUCUUCUUCAAUGGUUGUGAAUUGUGAAAUCGAAGCCUAAUCCUAUAAGGUUGUAUCAGAUGAGGCGUUUGAGUGGCAUAACAUUAAAGCUGAUAUACCAGUUGGUUGUGCUGUUCAAAUAUACGUGAUCAACUCAUGUAAUGUAAUCCUCAAGCUCACUAAUGGCAUCACUUGAUAACAAUGACUGUUAAUAUAAUAUUAAUAAGCUGCAUAUGGAUGGGUAAAAAGAUACCAGUAUACAUUAUGUAAAUAAAUACCCUGCAUGACUAUUAUGCUGUCAGCCAUAUGUGUAAAAAUACUACGGUAUGUACAGUACAUGCUCAGUAUUACAACAAGGAUUUACACAGGCAAGUCGGAUACAGGUUUGGUAACACUUUAACUGACUUCUCUGUCAUAAGGGUGACAUAAGGCUGUCAUAACAUAACACAUGUUAUUUUCGGUCAUGGAAACCGUCAAAAUACCGUCAAAAUACUGUGACAACCCUUUACACUGUCAUGACACAAAUGGAUAGGAUAUUUAUGUAAAUUAGUUGGCUAGCUGUAUCCUAAGCCAAUAAGCUGACUGAAGCAAAGAUUUGUGCCAUGACAGUGUCAAGUCAGCUGUCAAGCUUAUGUCAGCUGUCAUGACUGUUAAUAACAUAUUUUAUGUAAUUGUUCUGACAUGGUUUAGUCACUCGAAGUAAUGUCAGAGUGCUCAAGAUGUGUUACCCAACAUUGAGACAUGCCAACAUGGACAUCAGUUUAGUAACACUUACUGUCGUCAGUUCUCUUGAACGCCACAUGGGGGGUUAAUUUCUUUCUAAACCUGGAAACAAAAUGGAGAAGCGCUGUUUAUGUCUUAUCUAAUUUGUUUGUCACAUAGUGUGUUGGAAAGCAGAUUUGUACUUUCUUUACUUUGUGGUAUUCAUCAUUAUUGUUAUUGUGAUGAUUUUUUUUUAUAUAUCUUUGACACAAUAAUUCCGAUCAGAAUUCUGCAAUCCUUCUGCAAAUUACCACAGUUUUCACUUAAUGACAAUAUGAGCUCUAUGAUGAUGUUUGAUCACUCUCUUUACUUUACAAGUCUGUCCCGCCUCAAGCAAAGCCAUCUUUCUUUGGUUACAAACAAUAAAUAAAUAAAGUAAACAACAGAGAA